CGCCGUUUUCUUCGUUUUUGCUUGUGUUUACUUCGUGGCAUCAUAAUCUAGCUGAAAAACUGUUUUAAAAAAUCCAUCAAAACCACAAAACACUGAACAACAUCAUGCGAAAAGAGAAAUGGUCUGUUGUGUCAAACACGAUUUCCUGCUCGGCGUGUACUAAACUCAGAUCUCUGAAGUGCAGGCCGCCGAAGUUUAUUCAUCUUCGCUGCUAUGACAGUUCAUGCAACGCGGCCUGGACGCAGAAGUCAAGAAGCAGCUGGAGGAGGAAGAAAAGAGGAUAAUCAGCGAUGAACACUGGUACCUCGAUUUGCCAGAGCUCAAGGCCAAGGAGAAUUUCAUCAUAGAAGAAAGAAGUUUUGUGCCCUGUGAAGAGCUGAUAUAUGGCAGAAUGUCAUUCGGAGGCUUCAAUCCAGAAGUUGAGAAACUCAUGGCAGCGAUGAAGUCCCGAAGCACAACAGAGGAGGAUGAAGAAGCUGACAAAAUGGAGGCUGACGUCUCCGACGAGGAGAUGGCUCGGAGAUAUGAGACGUUGGUGGGGAGCAUAAAAAGAAAAUUCACUAAAAAGAGAGACCGAUCAACGAUGCCAGAAGACAGAACCAAAAACAUCAGCGAGCCCAGAGCCAAGAAGACUUUCCUAAAACCCCAAGACUAAGGCUUUUCCUUUUCAUUUUUUAUUUAGAUAUUCACAAGCAGAAUUGCUAAGAUCUGUUUGUAAAAGUCAGUUUCUGUGCAGUACUGAUCAAAGGAAGCAGGCGAGAGCCUUGUUUUUUUUAUAGUGGCGUAGAGUUUAAUCUGAAUCGAGUAUUUGAGUUAUGAUUGAGCACUGUUGUUGCAGCAACAGAUGGGGGUGCUUGUUUGCUGUUUUUAAAAAUGGAUGUUAUACAUCCUACUUGUCAAAAUAUAGAACCCAUGAGUCAUUAAUGUUUGUACAACACUUGUAAGUUCUUGCAUCAUAUAAAGACCUUUUAUAAAGGUCUUUAGGACCGUCAUCUUCAGUACGUUCUUGAAUAAUUUGCUCACAUGGCUGUCUGUGAUUAACCAGUUCCUUGUGUAUUUUAAUAUGAAAGUUUCUGACAGUUUUCCAGUCUGUUUUUUUUUCCUUUGUGACUUUGCCUUUUAGGACUUUCAACAUUUGAACACAGUUCUCUGUGCGUUUGUUACUCAUUAAAGGAAAAUGGAAUUGGAAUAUGAACUUCAGACAAAAUCUUUUCUUUUAAAGCAGCAUUUUUAGUAAAAGAACUUUACAAAAGCC